AUGGCCGAGAACCUCACUUACUUCAAGCUCUAUGCAAACAACAUGUACUUUGGCAUGUUACCCCAGUGCAAUCUGCCAACACUGCCAAAAUUGCACACCUUGAUUGUCGGAAACAUGAGCUUUGCAAACAAUGAUCAAAUCGACUGGAUCCUUAGCCACAAAGAAACGCUCGAAGAAUUGAUCCUGGAUGAUGCGAUGGUAGGUAUCGGCGCAAAGUUCUACGAGGAAGGCAUCGACCUUGAUGGUCGCCGUGUCAUCUAUUCGCCGCUGCAGACCCUCAACGGACGUCCCUCAUACCAGCCAUCACGAACAUUCACCAAGCAAACAUGGCUUUGGUCUAUACGCUGGCACCACGUAUUCGCUCGCUUGCAGAAAGGUUUACCUAGACUCCAGCAUUUUGCUUUUGGCCACGGAAAUUGGGACGAGCAUGUCGCAUACGACGAAGCGGAUGCCUUGACGAGUACCUUGGUGGCAGCGCGAUAUCAGUUUCUCGAUCGAGGCACGGGUCCAGAUAACUGGCUACGAGCCGACAAUUCGAAAAAAGCCUACAAUGAUUGGGAAGAUGACGAGGAGGAUAUUGUACAUCAACCCGACUGCGAUGAUGAAGAUUCAAGAGCACUGCAGGAAUUGCUCAACGCAGUGCAGAGGAGGUGGUGA